AUGAAGUACAACUGCCACACUCCAGUGUCAACCUAUACACGGCAUUCUCAGUACACACCAACUUACCACACACCUACAAAGUAUGGAUCCAGUCACUAUACACCAUCGUACACCUCUGCAUCAAAUUACACCCUACCACAGCAUGGUAGCACACAUUACACCCCAUCAUACUAUACACCCUCCUACAGAUAUGCGUCCACGUACAUCCCUUCCCGGUACAGUUCAACAUGGCGCACCCAAGCACGAGAAAAUCCAGCUCCAGUGAUACCAAUCACACCUGCUAAGAGAACUGUGCACUUUCCUAAUGACAUCAUCUUCCAGGAUGUUGUUAGACGUGGAGAGCUGGAGCAAAUUGGUCGUUUCAUUAGAACAAGAAAGGUUCGCGUCGAUACACUCUUUCACUCAGGUAUGGCAGCACUACACGAAGCAGUACUGACAGGAAACCUGGAGGUGGUGAAGCUGCUGGUCAAAUAUGGUGCUGAUGUCCAUCAAAAAGAUGAAGACGGCUGGACACCACUACACAUGGCCUGCAGUGAUGGCUUUCCCGAAAUUGCAAGCUAUCUCCUUUCGUUGGGAGCCAGCACAGAGGCAGAAAAUGAGAAUGGAGAGAAGCCGACCGACCUCAUUGACCCUGACUGCAAAGAGUUGUCCAAACUGUUUGAGGUUGGCUGUAUUUAA